GGCUGGCAGGCCCGCGGAGCGGUGCGUCUAGACAGGGUAACGGACACCCUUUACAGAGAUGGGCAACGCUGCCCAAAGAAGACGGAGACGCGUUUGAAUUGUGUAGCUACGACGUGGGUUCGGUGUGGUGUUUCUGGAAGCUCAUAUGCAAGAGUUAUUUAGUGUUUAAAAUGUGGGAGAUGGUGGCGUUACCGAGAGUGAGCUCUCCCUUCCUGUCGUCUAGGACAAGAUGGCAGCAAUGCAGGCGAACUGUACAUGGUAUGGAUUUAUAAGUCCAUAACAUGUUCAGAGAAGCCCUGGAUUAUACUUAUAGUGACUCUAUGUGAAGGUAUGGCCUCACAAGUCUUGGUCUACCCACCACACGUUUAUCAAACCCAGACAAGUGCCUUUAGCAGUGUGAAGAAACUCAAAGUUGAGCCCAGCAGCUGUGUGUACCAUGAGAGGGCACACCCACGGACUUUUUUGAACAGCAGAACCUUUGGCAUUGUGCAUCCAACGAAACAAGCCCACUCGUUUGUGAACCGAGACUUGGCAGUGGGCCUGAAAGUGCGUGGAAGACAAGAGUACCCGGUGCAGACGGUCGUGGUGCGUGGUGUACAGAGACAACAGCCCGGUAAAAGAGGAGGUGGAGCACCAGGCCCAUUUGUGGCCCAGCAGCAAAGAGAAGCAGGGGUUGUCCAGUCACAGGACAAGGAGCAGCAACAGCAGCAGACAGACAUAGCAAGUGGGAGCAGCAGUGGAGCAACAGGGGCAGGAGGAGGAGGAAGGGGAGAGGGUGGUGAGGGAGGUGAAGAGGAAGAGGGCGACAGAGAAGAGAACUGUGGAGGUUUGAACUCAGCUGACAGCUCUCAGCGAUGUGGGCUGAAACGUAAAAGUGAGGAGCUGGAUAACCGAAGGAGCACCAUGCAGAUUGUGGAGGAACUGUCAAUGUUGCCUGCCAUGUUGCAAACGACGACUGUGGGGAACGCAGCCAUGACAGCCCCAGCGGCUGUGGGGGCUGGAGCGGGCCCCUCCAAACAGGGUGUAGGGCAUGGGGCUGUAGGGGCAGCAGGAGGGACGGGAGGAGUGGAUGGAGACUAUCAGGUUGUGCAGCAUGAAGUCCUCUGUUCCAUGAAGAAUACUUAUGAAGUGCUGGAUUUCUUGGGACGUGGCACAUUUGGUCAGGUAGUGAAGUGCUGGAAGAGGGGCACAGGUGAGGUAGUGGCUGUCAAGAUCCUGAAAAAUCACCCUUCAUAUGCAAGGCAGGGUCAAAUUGAAGUUGGCAUCCUUGCUCGUCUGAGUGGAGAGAAUGCAGAUGAGCACAACCUGGUGCGAGCCUUUGAAUGCUUUCAGCACCGCAGUCACACCUGCCUGGUAUUUGAGAUGCUUGAACAGAACCUGUAUGAUUUCCUGAAGCAAAAUAAGUUCAGCCCACUGCCCCUGAAAGUGAUAAGACCUGUGCUACAACAGGUAGCUACAGCUCUGAAAAAGUUAAAAAGCAUGGGUCUGAUUCAUGCAGAUCUUAAACCAGAGAACAUAAUGCUGGUGGACCCAGUGAGGCAGCCCUACAGGGUGAAGGUGAUAGACUUUGGCUCAGCCAGUCACGUGUCCAAAGCAGUGUGUUCCACGUACCUCCAGUCUCGGUACUAUAGGGCUCCAGAGAUUAUUUUGGGAUUGCCGUUUUGUGAAGCCAUAGACAUGUGGUCCCUAGGCUGCGUGAUAGCGGAGCUUUUUCUGGGCUGGCCUCUUUACCCCGGGGCCCUGGAGUACGACCAGAUUCGCUACAUUUCUCAGACGCAAGGUUUGCCAGGAGAACAUUUAUUAAAUUCGGGGACAAAGACAGCUCGGUUCUUUUGCAAGGAGUCUGACUCGCCUUAUGCAGCAUGGAGACUAAAGUCAACAGAUGAGCAUGAGGUGGAGACGGGAAUGAAAUCAAAGGAAGCAAGGAAGUACAUCUUCAGCUGUUUGGAUGACAUAGCGCAUGUGAACUUGAUGAUGAACUUGGAAGGUAGUGACUUGCUGGCAGAGAAGGCAGAUCGCCGGGAGUUUGUGAGCUUGUUGAAGAAGAUGCUGUUGAUUGAUGCAGAAGAGAGGAUUGCCCCCGCUGAAGCUCUCAGCCAUCCAUUUGUGACGAUGCAGCACCUGCUUGAUUUUCCACAUAGCAACCAUGUGAAGUCAUGUUUCCACAUCAUGGAUGUUUGCUGGACUCGUCCCAGUGCAUAUGAGGCCGCAAACCGAAACAAAGGGCCUUUCAUCAGGCCUGUAACUACAACCGCUGCUGCCUCAGCCAAUCACCCUUUCAGCAAGAUGACUGCUGUCCAUCCUCAAGGGUUAGCUCCAUCAGCGGCCUCAGUAAUGCACCCUGGCAUACCACUGCAGACAGGAAGUGGUCAAUUUGGAUGCAAUGAAUCAUUUCAGCAGGCUCUCAUUUUGUGUCCCCCAACCAUUCAAGCAGGAAUCCCCCACAACACAGCUAAACCAGCAGGUUACUCUGUUCGAAUGGAGGCCUCUGUGCCACUAGUCACACAAGCACCCUCAAUCCAGCCCAUACAAAUCAGACCUGGAGUCAUCACACAGUCUUGGUCAGCUCGUGCACAGCAAAUCUUGGUGCCCACUUGGCAGCAGGUGACAUCGGUGCCCCCACCACCAACCACUAUGGCGUCUGACACAGUGGCAGGCUCACAGAGAUUGGGUGACUGGGGGAAAGUGCGUCCCCAUGGCAACCAUUACAGCUCCAUGAUUGCACACCCUCAGCCAUUCUUAACCAACCAAAUGACCAUGUCCACCCACCAGCCAAUCAACAUAGGCAUUGCACAUGUGGUGUGGCCACAGCCAGCUGCCAACAAGAGAGCCAAGCCCUCUGUGAACAGGUGCAACAUCUCCCAAAACACUAACAUCCAAAAUUUAGCAUGUCAGUCCCCAAAGAUGGCCGAUACAGCAAAGAAUGUGGACGAGGUAGAGGAAGCCAGAUGUCCAGAGGAAGGCCACGCUAUUGGAGAGGAGCAAAGAGCAGAGCAGGUGGAGGAGGAGGAUGAGAACUGCUGCAAAGUGGAGCCAGACUGUGAGGAGCUUUCAGUUUCACAGGAGCAGAGACAGGCUAUGGUGAUCUCUGACCUCGCUAGUCCAACUGUUAGCGUCAUCAGUAUCAGCAGCGAUGAGGAGGAGGGCGCGCAAAGACAUUCAAUUGGAGAAUGUAAGGGGAGUGCAGAUUGUGAAGCGUGUCAGAGCACCGUCAGUAUGGAGAGAGUCUGUUCUCUCAGCAGUCCAGACAGUACGCUCAGCACCAGUUCUUCUGCCUCAGCUCAGUCCAGCACAUCUCCCUGCAAACACCCCAACAGCAUGUCGGAUGAUGAACAGGAGAGUGGUUGUGACACCGUGGACAGCUCGCCUGCAUCACAUACCUCUGGCCAUAGCAACAGUCCCUUCACAGAAAGGCGCUAUAUUGCUGACAGCAACCAGAACUGCGAGCCUUGCGUCGCAUGUGUUGCCCCAGAGACCGAGCCCUGCAAACCAACAGUUCGUACUGUUGUGGUGCCUCCAAUGCGGGUGCAGAACAACAACAAUAACAACCCUGCAGUCAGUGAAACUCAUGGCAACACAGGUCACGUGGCCUUGGAUUAUGUCGUUUCAGUAGGCCACAGAAGUUCUCACAGGCUUAGAGUCUUCAUGCCAGUCCAAAGGGCGCAGUUUUCCUGGGCGGCAACAUCAUCACUCCACUCCCCUCCUCAACAGGCCUCAGAAAAUUACCCCUGCAUUCCAGCCCCAGCAACAGCAGCCUAUUGGCUUUGGGCAGGUGCAACAUUUCAGUUCCUGCCAUCAGGAAUGGAACGGGAACUUUUCCCACCGGAGACCACAGGCCUACAUCCCUCCCACCAUGCAUGGGCACACUUUCACUCUCUCCCACAGCAGCCCAAACCACACUACGGGCCCCCACCCACACCUUGGAGGACAUCCGCACUCCCAGCCCACCAUACUGUCGUACCCUCCGUCUGGUCCUCUGGUCACAGCUGCACCUGUGGCCCACCUCCUGGCCUCUCCUGGGGCCUCCCGCCCCGUCCUUCAGCCAACCUACAGCAUCUCCCAUCCGGCAGGCAUUGUGCAUCAAGUCGCAGUAGGCAUCAACCCCCGGCUGCUACCCUCCCCCACCUUGCACCCCCAGGGCCAGUUCAAGCCCCUCUUUCCCCCGCACUCCUACAUUGCCUCUCCCGCCUACGGCAGUUUCCCUCUCAGCCCUACCAAAAUAAACCAGUACCCUUACAUCUGAGCAUGGCUGCUCAGGUACCCUUCAUACCACCUGAGGGCUAAGUGAGCAGGGCGAAAUAUAUCUUUAACCACAAACAACAUGGUUUUUAUUUCUGAAAAACCAUGGCACAACCACAGAGAAAGCAAACUAUUUUUUGAAUCAUGUAGACUUGAGUGUAAUUGAACUUCAAGCUUUAAAAAACAAAAAACAAAACAAAAAAAAGUUCCAAUGGUAGAGAUGAUUUGGCAAAAAUUAAGAAGGAAGUAAUGUAUGAAUGACUGAAUGAAAGAAUGAAUGAAUAGUUAAACUCACACUUAAUGUGUUUUGCACAUUUGAUAUAUCUUUGCAUUGGAUCUUCUACGAAUACUCCUCAAGACAGGUGAAUAAUUGGGGUGUUGUUGAAUAGUUAGACUUUGCACCCCUGAUCCCAGCUAUUUUUCUAUAUUGCCUUCUUACGUGUGUGCAAGACACAUUCAUCUUUGUAAAGCCAUCCCAGUCUCUAGCUCUAGAUUGACAGAUGCACAUGUCGUCCACAGUGUACGUUGUACUGCGUUUGAAGUAUUUGUACCUUUUCGGUGUCUUUUGGUGUUUAGCAAUGUCAAGUCAAUUAACCGAAUUAAAUAGGGUUGUUCCUCACGCUGCAUGUGGUCUUGCAUGAGCAAAAAUGUAAACGGAAAGAUGCAUAGACGUUGCUCUUAUUGUUUGUGUCACAAGACUCGCUGCAUUGUAUAACUGUCCCCAGCCAUAGUGCCUUACAUAUUGAGGUUGUUAAUGUUACUACUUAUAUAUGACUAUAUACAUGAAUAUUAAUGUACUGGACUGCAGCACUUGAAAUUCCAAUCAGUCGAUGCAUCCUAUGUGUGAGUGUAUAUAUAUGCACAUGUGUAUAUGUCCAUGCAUAGCCUGCAUGGAUGUGAUGUAUCGCGGAUAGCGGUGCUUAUUUUUUGGAGUCUGUGUAUAUUUCAGCGUGUAGUGAGUUAAUUUUUUUCCUCUGUUCUUUCAAGUAGAACAGCGUGCUUUGCUGUUGCAAAUGCCUGCUGUUUCAUUCAGUUCAUUUUAUUCUUUUAUUCUUUUUUUUUUUUUUUCAUUCUCCAGUUCCCGAAUGAACUAGUGUACAAAGUGCAAGUACUGAGUAUUGCUUAAUAUUUGAUAAUCACUUUCUAUUCAGUGAAACUCUUACUACUAACAGUAUUUGUACUGUUUGAAACUGCAAUACAAUCUAAAUAGUCGUUGAUUAUUCUUCAUUUUUCGUCUUCGUAUUUUCGUUUUUGAGUGUUUUCACUUUUUGUUUUUUUUUGUUUGUUUUUUUUAGAUGUUUAGAAGUGUGGUGGGCAUGGCUUUGAUUAGGUAAAGAAAAAAUGCAAAUUAAUUCACAGUAUGGAAUCUUCUAAGCCUGAGCAAACCAUGCAGUAUUUGAUAUACACACAUAUAUGGACAUAUAUUAUAGAGCUAGACUAUUUAGUACAGAUGCUUGAUAAGGUGUGAGUUAAUUGUGUGCAAUUCUCUCAUUUAUGCAUGUGUGACAAAGUUAACUUUUUCACUUUACAUUAUACCAUUUGUUAAAGGCUUACAGCUUAUCGGUGUCAACUGCUUAUUUUAUACAUUCCGUCAGGGAGGAUAUAUAUACAUAUAUAAGACGGUAGCACCAGUCUAUAUAUAUGUAGAUAUGCUGCGUGUGUGCGUUUUUGUUUUGUUUUCUUCUGUUCGUUUUACUAGUUACGUGUGGAGUUUUUUUUGUUUCUUUUUUGUCUUUUUAUUUUCAAAUGAAGUUGCUUGUGCAGCACCAAAGACUGUAAUUCAUUUCUUGAGCAAGGUAGCUAUUCUGUUUGCAUAGACCUCAGUUGUACUGUAGUUGUAGAAUGGGGUUAAAUUAAAACAAAAAAAAGUUGUAUUUAAAAAAAAGAAAAGAAAACAAACAAAAAAAAACAGCUGAGGUUUUGUCUAGCUUAUUGGGCAAUUAAUAAGUCGUAUCAUUUCUUUCUUGAAUGUAUCAUAGAUAAGCUGCUAUAUGAUUGCCACUUCAAUAGCUGUGAAAUUAGGUGAUUUCUCUCUGAGUUUAAACCUAGCGUUGCUAUUUUUGUAUAGGUCCCUAAUUAUCUGAAAUAGAAGUGGUUUUGAUUUUUGUGUUUUGCGUUCAUAUUUGAAGUGUCAUUGUAACUACUGUAUUGCUGAUGAUGAACAUUAGUUGCAUUUGUCGUUUCUCGGGGUGCGUGUUUUUUGCAUCAGUAUUUUAUCCUUAUUAACCUUUUGGGCUCGUCACUGCAUAUAAAUGAUGUAUCGAUGUAACUUAAUUUUUGUAUGUUUUCAUAUUGAUGUUUUGUACACAUCUGAAGCUGUAGCUUGCAGGAUUGAGUUAACUUUUUUAUUGUGCGUAAACGGUGUGCUACCAGUACUCUCGUGGGUUAUGAGGGCACUGCGAGAUGCCGGGGGGGAAAAAAAGAAAACAAAAACAUUGUGUUCCAUUGGAAGACUUCUGUGUUGUUUCCACCAGUCACACACAAACGCACUUGCCACUAAGCACUUAUAGAGGUAGGGAGGCUUGUUAGGGUUUGGGUGAUUAGACUGUAAGAGAGAAAUUUAGCCCAAUUUUUCUGUUCUAAAAUGACAUUUUCUGAUUUGUUUUUAUUGUUAAAUUGGUUUGAUCAAAGUAUUUAUUGCAGCCCUUUUAUCUGUUCAAUGUUAUAUCUGGCUAGGAUAUCAGUUUCACAGUUUGAUAUUCUAAACUGCCUUGAGUUCAUAUCGCUCUCCCCUUUAUGAGUGUCUAAUAUCAAAACGAUGUUUUGUUGGUGCGAAACCGUUACCGUUGUGAUAUGUCCUUUCUUGAAAUUGAGACAGUGUGAGCAGCACUGUUUAUGUGCCUUGAGAUUCAGAAAGUGAGAAUUCAUGCUGGUGAUUUCUUCCUGAUUUUUUUUGAGGAAGGCAUAGAAUUCAGUAACAGUUCCCUACAGUGUAGAAUGGACAAGUUUUUAACAGACAUUUGACCAAGAGUUUAAAGAGGAAAGUAAGAAAAACAAGAAGCAGAGAAUAAAAACAACUCAAAGUAGGACUUCAUCACAGUGACUCUUCUGAUCAGCUUAUACACAUGAACAGCGUAGUGGUGGUUCUCCGCUUGUUUCAAACAGUCGCCACGUAAAACCUCUCUGAUUAACACACACAUGCGUGCGCUUUGAAUGACACUCACUCAAUGGUCUUUGGAUAGUCACUCUGGCUGAACAGCAGAUGCAAUACUUUACAUUGUGCGGUCAUUGCACCACCAAGUGUUCUUAGAUAAUCUCCAUGCUUUACAUUACCUUGCAUGUACACCUUAGAUGCUUCACUUUGUCUGCUUAGAAGCUGACUGCCUAGAGCAGCGCUCCUAUCAUGUAAGCUGAAGCUGAGUGGGAGUAACCAGACCACGGCUGACAACACUGGCCUUUUAAAAAUCAGAAGCUAUGCUUUAUAUCCAGCAAGAGUAUAUCUGGGCGUUUUUGUUCUGGGUUCUGGACGAAAAGAGCUCUGUCGAGGAGGUUGUCAUCUUCUCUGUCAGUCAUGAGUGCAAUACUCCACAUUUCGACACUGACAUUGAUAUGGUUGUAUGUUUUAUAAUAGCUUUUGUCUGACUUGUAUGCUUUACUGAUCAUACUCAAAUAUCCCUUUGGGAAAGAAAGCUUAUGAUGACAAGGCAUGGACUUGGCAGAUUAGUGCUUGAAAUAGUUCCCCCAAUAAUAAGCAUGUGAAAUGUAAUCUGUGUUUUGAUUCCUUCAAAGGUAUUCACCAGCAAUGCGCCUGCAUAAACUCUCCCGUACUUGUUUAGGAAAAGAAUGGAUGCAAGAGGAGAGAAAUCUUAAAACUGUUUUUAAUUUUCCACAAGAUUGACACCUUGAUUUCUUUUCUUUUUUUUUUUUUUUUUUUGAGGAUUCAUGUAACAUUUAACAGAUAAAACAGUCAUUUGUAAAAUUACUUCUAUUAAUGUUAUGACUUUGAUAUGGAAAAAAAAAAUCCUCUGCUGCGGUAUUAUCCUUUAGAGAUCUUAAUUCAGGGUGUGUAUUAGUCUAAUUGUGCUACUGUGUAACUGUUUGAUUUUAAUAUGAGAUUUGUUUUACUCAAGCUCUUAUUUUCAGUUUUCUGGUCACCUGUAUCAAUUUCAGAGUUAAUUCACACUGCAAGUUAUGGAAUCAUCUGUUUGGAUUGCUCAUCAAUUAGACUUGAUAAUUAAAUCUGAACUGUUACUGUUUUAA